UUCUCUGCUCCUCCAUCGCCGCGUAUUAUAUAUAGGAGUUUUUCAUACGUUCGGUGGUUUAUAGCGGAGUUUCUUGCGCGUAUCAUCUUUAGUCAAACAUAGAAGAAAGUUGUUAGCAGAAAUGGCAAGCGAAGAGCAAGCUCAAGGAGCAGAAAAGGCUGUCGAGGCGCCUGUCGUGGAAGAGAAAGAAGAAUACAGCCGAGUUGUUAUGUUGACGGGCACGGGAGGUCUGAACAAAGUCAACGUACAAAAAGUUCAAAAGCCCAAACCAAAAGAAGGCGAAGUGUUAAUUAAAGUACAUGCAAGUGGAUUGAAUUUCGCCGAUAUCAUGCAGCGACAGGGGCUGUAUCCUGCAGGAAAGCCUGUACCUUAUGUCAUGGGCUAUGAAUGUUCUGGUGUUGUUGAAGCUGUAGGAGAGGGUGUCACUGAUUUUGAGAUUGGUUCAAGAGUUGUGGCAAUGUCAGCGACUUUCGGAAUGAUGGCAGAGUAUGCAUGUGUUGAAAGUGCGAAAGUUUUUUCCAUUCCUGAUUCAAUGUCCUUUGAGGAUGCUGCUGCCUUGCCCAUAAAUUAUAUUACUGCUUAUCAAAUUCUCUUUGAUGUUGGACAUUUGAGUGAGGGUGAAAGUGUCCUUAUACAGAUGGCUGGCGGUGGAGUGGGAGUUGCUGCCACGCAGUUAUGUAAAACUGUUCCUGAUGUGACUAUCUUUGGAACUGCUUCAAAGCCAAAGCAUGAAAAAAUAAAAGAACAAGGUGUAACACAUCCAAUUGAUUAUAGAAAUAGUUGUUUUGCAAAAGAAGUUCGCAAAAUUCAAGCAGACGGUGUUGAUAUUGUGAUGGAUCCCUUGGGUGGUAAAGAUACAAUGAAGGGAUAUGAUUUACUCAAACCAUUUGGAAGGAUAAUUUGCUUUGGAGCUGCUAAUCAAGUGAAGGGGCAGUCAAAAAGUUUAUUCAAUGCAGCAAAAAUGUGGUAUCAAUCAACUAGCUUCUCUCCUUUAAAACUGAUUGGUGACAAUAAAGUUGUUGGCGGUUAUCAUCUUGGAGUUCUUGGUCAAAAGGCUCCUGAGAAAGUUCGUCCCGCCAUGAUUGCCUUGAUCAAGUUGUAUGAAGAAGGGAAAAUAAAACCUGCAGUUCAUGAAGUCUUUGCACUUGAGGAGAUCCGAAGCGCCAUGCAGUGUAUACAGGAACGCAAAAAUGUUGGCAAAGUUCUUCUUUCCCCGUUGAAAUCUCCGCCUGAACCCGAAAAGAAGGAGCCGGCUAAGGAACCUGAAAAACAAGACACAAAACCUGAAGAUGAAGAACCAGCGAAAGAAGAUGCAGAAAAGGUAGAACCAGCGAAAGAAGAUGCAGAAAAGGUAGAACCAGCGAAAGAAGAUGCAGAAAAGGAGGACGAUAAACCGAAAGACGAUAGCGAGACUAAGGAAAGCCAAGAAGCAGACGAUAAAACCAAGGAAGAAACUCAAGAAGCCGAAAAAACAGCAGAGGAAUCUUGAAAUUUAUGUAGUCGAAAAAUUUUGCCGCGUGUGGUGACCUAUCGUAGCCUUCUUUAACCGCGCUAUUAGCAACGAAUGAACGUGUCUAUUGGACAGACCCGAGUCUUAUAAUCUUCAUUUUAUAAUACACAUAAAACGUGAUAGAACGACUUUCAGAAAAAAAAUAUUUUUUGGGCGUGCUUAGCUAUAUACGAUUCUAUUGAUAUAUUCUUCUAUUCCUUGAAAGGAAGUAUUGAUGUAAUGAUUACACUUUAACUUAGGAUUUCAUGAUAUUAAAUUGUAGAAUUUCAA